GGAGUCGUAGGAGCAGAAAAGGGGCAGUACACACCCUCGCUGCCACACACUGCCAGACCCAACGGAGUACAGGUGGUUCUGGACAAAAAAAGGAACAUGCAAACUGAUUAGAUAAUUGGCACUGACUCGCAAUCCUUUCAUCGUUUUUUCUUUUUUUUAAUCUGCAGAUUAAGUGGUUUUCUUCUGUUAAGGGUGGAGCUGUUGGACUCAUGAGAAACCCUUCCAAGAGAAAUAAGGACUUUCCUUCUCAAAACAGGUUUUUUUGUGAAAAAGCAGAGGGAAGAAACUGAUUAUCCCGCUCUCAGAGCCCGUAUCUGGCUUUAAUGUAUGAGAAUAAACACAGGAGACGAGAAUAAAGCAAGCCUAAUUCAAAACUUUUGAACACUGAACACAAACCAGGCUCCGAAAUGACCUUUCCGAAGUGAAAUGUUAUUCCUCACAUGCACCUAGCAGCAGGAAACCGCCAUAUACACAGUUCCCCUUCGCGUCACUGUAGAGUUAUGAUCCCUGCGAUAAAGGGCAGUUCCUUUUCUCCGAAAGAAAAGUAAUCUGCGGGCUGGAGAUUGGGAUGCGGACAAAAAAGCAUGUUUUGGUGACCAAAAUAGAAAAGGAGGAAGAGAAACAUCUGGGAAAGAAAAAAAGGGUAUUGGAGAAAUGCAAAUAGGGAAGAUUGGACUGUUUCUCAGCGCUCUUUGCCAGAUUUUUUACAGAGCACCACAAACUUGUGCAAUUUUGGUGGCAGUUGUCCAUGGGAACUCAUCCAAGGCACAUCGGAGCUGACCCUCCUGGGAGGUCCUGUUAGACAGAGCAAAAUACUUCAUGAAGACCAGAGCAAGAGCACACUUCUUCCGUCAACUUUGGACUCACUAAAGGAACACGCUUGGAAGGAUUAUUGCUGUGAGGAGAGCCAUGACCGGAAGCAGUGACCUGGAAAACUGAGCGACUACGUUUCCCUAAUCUGUUUUGUGCGCUCUCUCCAAACAAAUUCUGCCAUUAAGGAGUAAAACUUCCGGCUUCCGACCGGGGCUGACGUUUUCAUCUUAUCGGGAGAGAAGUUGGAGCUGAUGGAAACAGAUAUGGAGAAGGGACACAUGUCCGUCAGGAGAGGAGUGAGCUGGAGUCCAGGGGAGUUGAGGAAACCUCUCCAGCUAACCGAAGACAUGCACACCCCCGGGACAGACUGCGACGCAUCAUGGGAGAAGACAGGAUUCAACAAAGAACACAUGAGCCGGAAAACAAAUCUGACCAGAAGUGCCAGUUUAUCCGAGAAGGAGCUUAAAGAAGCUCGUGUCAGGAGUCAGAUCAUUGCUGCUCAGCUCACCAUACCUUCUAACUCCAGCUCCAGGGGCGUGCAGCUGUUCAACCGGCGCAAGCAGAGAGUCAACGCCUUCACACUUAAAAGCUCUGGAGAGGGGUCAGAGGAGGACAAAGCUGAGAAUGUGAAAACGGACUCCAACAAGCUAACAUGGGCAGAGAGGAGCAGUAAGGAAAAGGAUAGAGACCUGAACUUGAAGAACAGAGCAACCAAGUCAGUCUUCUCACCAUCUGGAAGGGUGCACUCAGUGGGUGACAUCAUGGAUGAACCCGGUGAGGAUUUCCACAAAAAAGACGACAUGGAAGACAGCAUUAUUCAGGAGAGACAUUUUCUUCCUGUUAAGGAGGAGCAGGAGGAAGAAGAAGAAGAAGAGGCAAGAGAUGAAAUCCAUGAGGGGCUAGAGGGCAACGUCAAGCAUGAGAUUCCCCCUGGAAGUAAUAACACUGAUCCAAUCGUGACGGGACGUGAAGCAGAAGCAGGGAUAAAUGGGGGCCACACGGGGCCAGUCCCUGCUGGAAAGCUUCAUAAUGGCUGUCACAGCGCCUCUGGGCCUGAGAGAGUGUCUUCACCCACAUCCAGUCAGGCAAGAACCAUCAUCAACAGAACUGCCAGGCCCUUUUUCUCACCACCCACAGUGAACCCUCCAGUGGCACUCAGCCCUGUUAUGGAUGUUCCCCCUCCUCCUUCCUACUCCACUCCUCCUCUCCCUGUUUGUAAUGCACCCCAACCUGUAGUGUUCUCACCUCCACCUCCGCCUCCAUCAUAUCCCACACCUCCUCUCCCAGCGUUCACAAACCAGCCUCCACAGACUUGCCACUCCAGUCCUCCCCCCAUGUCUCCUGUCAUGUCGAUGUCGUCUCCGCCGCCAUCCAAUUUUCCUGUUGCUCAGUACCCACCAAUGCCCAAUUAUGGUCCCCCCACGGCCCCGAAACCCACCGCAUUUGUUCCACAGCCCACCACAUUUGUUCCUCAACCUACACGAGAGGGAAAGCUGAUAGCACCAGUCAAAACAGGAAUACUUGAGGAGAGCGCUGCCAAGAGGGCAAAUAAAAAAUCAAUGUUCACAUUCAAAGAGAAGCCAGUGGUAGCUCCAAACCCUGAGCUGCUCUCUCUGGUGCAGGGGGUGGACGAAAGGAAGAAACAUGGACACAGAUCUGUUCCUGAACCAGCACCUGAAGAAGAGUUGAUGGCCCUUGGUGCAGAGGCUUCCAACUUCCUUGCCAAGGAAGCGGACAAGGCAGAUGGAGCUAAAGCACCAGAGUGGGCCUCUUGUCUCAAGAGCUCAAGAACCCAACCGAGGGCCGAACACAGGCCAGAGCAGACACUUACUAAUGUAUCUGGAAAAGGUGCUGAGCUGUUUGCCAAGCGCCAAUCGAGGAUGGAAAAAUAUGUCGUUGAGAAUCAGAAUGCAGGGCAAAUUCGGUCUCCGUCUCCCACAAUGUCUCUGCCACCGUCUUGGGUUUAUCCAUCAAACAUGCCCGGUAGGGUUAAGGCCAUUGCCAAAAACUCUGACAUGAGCGCUCAGCUCUCACAAAAUCUAAAGGCCCAACAAGCUGUCAAGCAAAAACCAAGGCCUAAAGUUGCGGCUCCAGAGCCGGCCCCAGAGCCUUCACCUUUAGAGAACGGCUGCUCCAAGAUAGAGAUGGAUCUCUCGAGGCAUCGGCCCUACCAGCUUAACUCUUCUCUGUUCAUCUUCAACCCAGUCAAGGACCCAGUUAGUACUCUACCCAGAAGAGCACCACAGGCCAGCAAUCUGAUCACCACACAAACUUUCUCCAGACAGACUUCCUUACCGAACAACCCUCCCUCCCCCUUCACCACCCAAUGCAUGUCUCCUCAACUUCCUCUCAGUCCCACAGGAGGACCUGAGUAUCCACCAAAUCCAGCUUUAGGGAGCCAAAGAAUCAGUUCUCCUAUGUCAGCCUUCUCUCCAGAGCGAGUAUCGUCUCCUCGGUCGGGAGCACAGGCCCCAAGGCCCACCUUUUCUGCCAAGAAGGCAGGGAUUGCACCACAGACAUCAAAAGAGUCCUCAACUAAUGAAAUUCCUUGUGAGACACCCACACCAACGAGAACGACCAGCCUCACCAGACGUUUCAGCACUCCAGAGGGCCCGACCACUGGAACCUGGACCUCCAGCCGCCAAACAAACAACCCUUCCCCCACCAUCUCCAGCUCCAUCCGCUCAGUCACUUCCCCUGUGUCGUCUCCCAGUAGUACAAGAUGCCAAUCGCCUAUGGCCAGUCAGAAUAUCAAAUUUUCCACCGUUUCCUCCACUUCCACACUUAGACCCUCCCAAACAUCUACAGCCACCUCUUCAUGCUCUCCUUGGGGUUCGAGAUCUCAGUCCCCAAUGGUCAGCCAGCCCUCCACCACAUCCUCCAUUUCUGCUUUCAGGCCUUCCCAAACUUCUGCCACUCCUCCCUGGGGUGCGAGGUGCCAGUCUCCAGGGGCAAACCAGAAUAACAAGUCUCCCUUUGCUGUUUCAUUUUCUUCACCCAGACCUCCCCAAACAACAGCCACUUCCCCACGCUCUCCACCUUGGGGAUCAAGAUGCCAAUCCCCGGUGGUGAGUCAGAGUACCCCGGCUUCCACCAUUUCCCCUGGUCCUACAUCGAGACAAUCUCAAACAUCUACUGCCACUUUUCCACACUCUUCUUGGGGAUCACGAUGUCAGUCACCAUUGGUGACCAACAUUUCCCAGUCUUCAGGUGUCUCCAUCUCUGCCACCAGACCCUCCCAAACAUCUUCAGCCACAUCUCCUGUCUCGCCUUCUUGGGGGUCACGCUCUCAGUCGCCUUCGUCCUUUCAGACCAGCUUGUCCUUACCUGCCACUAAGCCCCUGUACACAUUGUCUGCCACCUCCUCACCUGUUCUCCAACCCAGAGACAGUCGCUGCAUGUCCCCCAUUGUUAAUACCCAAGACUCUAAAGCAAACCAUCGCCUACUGGCAAAGAAUAUCAUCAAUGCAGCCAAACGUAAAAACAGCCCCUCCCCUGGUGCACUGAGUGGCCACAGCCUCCCUAUCUCACCUCUGGGAAACUCCCACCAUGGUUACGACUGUCACAAACCACCAAUGAGUCCCUUCCAGUCGCGGGCACUGGGUGCACAGUCCCCGACCUUCACCAGUCCUCCUCCCACUCCCACUCAGAGAAUCUGCUCACCUGUGAGGCUCUACAACACGCGUUCACUAACCGACUCUGAUGCUUCCGUUGAGUCUGAAGAUUCAGGCCUCCGGUCGCCCGGCCUGCACUCCUACAACACUUGUCCCCGCGGUUGGGGUGGUAGCCUGAGGGUGAAGAGAAGCACCGUCUCCUCAGACCUGUGAGGGUGUUACUGGAUGAUAAGUGAAGCAAAUUUUUGUGGCAUUGGAUCAACCAGUAAAAGACUAAUACCAAAUAUGUUACCUUUCUGUAACCAUCAUUGCUGAUCCUAGACAGUGGUAAAUGUUGUAGCAAGGUAGUUUUAGUACUUUAUAUGACUCAACAUUCAUAGUACGGGAUGGACUGACAAGAACAAGCUUUUUACAUAAUGCAUUUGCUGUGGCUUGUACGCUUCUUACAUUCCAAAAACACUCAAAUAAACCAAAGAUAUCUGAAAUCACUUUUAAAAAAUAUUGUAUUUUCACACCCUCAUAUUAAAUAUACAUGCACAAUCACCACUACACUUAAACAGUAUUCAAUGGAAAAUAGGUUUGACAUGUUAUUAAUGAAUUAUUAUUGUUGGUUUCACGCAGGUUUAAAGACAGCUAAGAGUUUUAAGGCGUAGAAGGGACACAUGUAGUAAUGUUUAAAUACACAGCUCCAUGGACUAUACAAUGUUUUGAUUGUGGCAUUCUCAUAGUUUUUUGUAUUAGUAAUUGCUAAAAUGUACCCACACAGGGAACUGACAAUGAAUAGUGAUUUAUCCAGUAUUGGGCGAAAUGAGUUUCAAUCAUCUUGCUUCGCCAGCGAUACAGUGGUAGGUGGGACACACGCUGUUCACGUUAUCACACAUGGAGAAGGCAUUCACCGCAGUUUAUUAUCCGUUGUAACCAAAUAUAAAGUAAAUCAUACGCAUAAUUAUCGCAGUGCAAUAACCAGUUUAACACAGUGUAUAUAUGCUGCUCUAAUUUGCUAAAACGAAUGUAAGCUUAACAAACAGACUGACAAAGAAAGACAGGAAAAAGAGUGUUGAACAUGAAGAGUGAAUAUGGGGACGUGAGAAGGGGCACUGAUAACGGAGCUGAUCAUGUAAACACUGUUUCCGUGUUUCAAGAGAAAGAUUUCAAAGAUUGUUGUCGUUUUUGCUAACCAUGAACAGUCCUGAGUAAUAGACUACAAUGUACUGUAUUGUGCGAAUGGCCUGUUUAGAUGAGGUUGAGAAGAAGGUGCAAGAUGUUGUUGUUAAAUUUCCACUCGGGGGAGAAAACAGAGGGUCAGAUGAAUGUUGUAUGUUGAAAAGUGUGGAUAGACGAUAGGAGGAAUUAAUGAUAUGUAUUUCAAAUGCAUAUAAAACUUUGUAUGUACAUUCACUUUAACUUCUAAAGUUUCUUUUUAUACUUGAUUUGCACUCCUGAUCAUUCCAGUCUGGUGACUAAGUUGGGAUUGUUUCAAACUUGAUUUCACAAUUACAGCAAAUGUACUGUAAAAAUUGAACCGCGAUGGUGGAGAUCAGCUGGAUCUGUGACGGCUGCCAGAACUAGCUUUCUGUCUCAAGUUCCCACCUUGCUCAGUCCUGCACCUGCACAACAGAUCAUUCCUCUAUUCCCUGGCACGCAAGCCAAAAGCAUCAGCACAUUUCUAAAUAUUUACUCUGUCUUCUGAGUGACAGGGACUCCUGCUACAUGGUGACCUGCCUCCUUCAGCAGGACUAAGCCUAUCGCUGUCCUGGUUUGGUUUCAACGUCUGAACACACUGCAGAUGUUUGCAGGUUUUUUUGGUUCUGUGACUGCAUGCCUGCAUUGUAUUCAUAUAACUCAUGUUGCAUUUCAUACCUGUAUGAUUUCUGAAUAAAAACAAUGAUGGCACACCAA